AAUCAUAUUCCGCAUGUUUUGCACUAGAAAUGUCAGCCAGAAAGGGCUAUCUUCUCCCUUCGUCGAAUUAUACAACAACAAUGUCAUGCUCCGACAGCACAGUGGGGAACUCAUUUUUAGUAGACUCCUUGAUAAGCGCCCGGACCGAAAACGGCGGACCCUACUACCAAGGAAGCAACGUCUAUGUGCCUCCAGCCUCGGAUUUACACUAUGGACUACCUAACUGUGGUUUUUUUCCUGGAUUGAACAAACGGAACGAGAGUCAUUCUCAAAAUAUGGUCCCUGCCUCCAGUUCGUAUAUUCCAGGGAUGGAAGUAUGGCUGGACACAUCAAGGUCCUGUCGAAUAGAUCAGCCUCCCGGCGGACAGCAAAUCGCCCAGUGCUCAUUUUCUCCUAACAUUAAGGAAGAGAACGGGUAUUGCCUUUAUGAAUCGAAUAAGUGUACAAAAGCGUCACCGGUAGAUGAGCUUUCCUACUCCAGGGUAACGUCGGGUAACUGUCCAGUCAGUCACAGCGGCACAGUACCUGUCCCAGGCUACUUCCGGCUGUCCCAGACGGCUUAUCACGGUGGCCAGUCCAGUUCUUCCCACUUUUUCCUGCAACCAACAGUUCGGUUCGACACCCCAGUUUCCGUAUCUAACUCGGCAGAUAGUGGCAAAAGAGGAAACGAGGAGAUGGCUUCCAGCAACAUACCAUGCGCUCCGCACAGAGAGGAGGAAACACAAGAGUCUUCAGUUGAAGAGGCGUCUUCACCCGAACCACCAGUCAACGGCAAAGCGAGUCCCAGCAAAGUAACAAAAGGGGACACAAAAAUCGAAAAUACAGCCAACUGGCUAACCGCGAAGAGUGGCCGGAAGAAACGGUGCCCCUACACAAAACAUCAGACUCUGGAACUCGAAAAGGAGUUCCUGUUCAAUAUGUACCUGACUCGCGAGCGUCGCCUAGAGAUAAGCCGCAGUGUCCACCUGACUGACAGACAAGUAAAAAUUUGGUUCCAGAAUCGUCGGAUGAAACUGAAGAAAAUGAGCAGAGAAAAUAGAAUUCGGGAGCUUACAGCCAAUUUUAGCUUUUCAUGAUCAACACUGCAUUCAAGAGAUGGGUGAUGCCUUCCAUCAAGUGAAGGACGGGUACAUCCGGUUUUAGAGAGUCCCUCUCUGCAUUCAGAUAUGACUGUGCAAGACACUAUUGAUAAGUGAAUGUUUUGAUUUGCUACACGUUAAUUUUUUGAAAGUUUACAUGUCUAUAUCAGUUGAAUAUUUUUUCGUGACAAUGUGUAGACUAUUUAUAGAAUGUAAAAAAAGAGAAUUUACCCUUGUCCAUAUUGUAGAAUAUAAUGGCGAUAUAUCUAUAUAUAGAACUGGGAAAUAUAUGUUAACCAGUAAAAUAAUGAUUUAAACAAUAUCAAAAUUUACUCUGAGCAUAGAGUAUAGGCUACCAGUUCAAAUAAGCAUUACUGAUAAAAUUAACGUUUGUUUUGAACCAUUCAGAACAAAAAUAACACUGAACAGAAGCUAUAUAUCUGCGCAAUUAUGGAAUGAUUUAUUUUGCCAAUAUGCAUUUUACCUUUUGGCAAAUGUAGCAGGUAUUUCAAUACACCCGAUUAUGUGAAACUUUUCCAAAUAUUUUAAAUUAUUGCCAAGCGACAUGCGGCGAAUUGAUAUUAAAGUCAAUUUAAGUAUUUAUGCUUAUAGGAUAUUUGAAAUUUGAAGGUACGAUUACAAGCAAAUAAAUAUAUCCAGUCAGUACUGUGAACGGAUUUUUUGUUGUGGUGUGGUGUUAGUAAAUAAAAACAUGCUGGUGUUUCAACGAAAAUGUACAUGUGUAUUCUGCUUUGUAUAUGGCCUUGUCAAUACAUAGUUGCGUUAGAUUUUUGUAUAUACAUGAAUAAUUGCACCGUGGGAUGUGAAGCAUUUUACAUAAACUGGAUUGAUCACUGCUUUGCGCAAGAGGAUUUCACAGCAGGUUGCGUAAACAAUAGUAGCCUAUCAAAUUGAACUUGUUCUACACUGCUUUUCUAUAUUGCUGUCGCAACCUUUGUAAAAAUUAGACACCCAUAAUUCCUCUGGGCCAUGAAGCAAUGGUGCUGUAAGCUUUGUCGGGUUUGUCGCGUUUUAUUGCUUGCUGGUAGACUCAGGAUCUUUGCUGUCCUGUGCUAGUGGCUUUAAUUGAGCGUUGCUAAGAGGGGAAAAAUUACGGAACUUCAGAAAGCAUUAACAAGGAAUGGACUUAGCCGGAAUACCUACCUAACCUUGACCUUUUUCUUGUGUUACAAUAACAACAGGUAAUCACUG